UUGCUUAUUAAUGUAGUUUGCUUGUAUUUUAGAAAAAUUGAAUCUUUAUUUAGAGGAAAACCUGAUAACCUUGUUUCUGGCCAGUGGAAGGAUGAAAUAUAUUCUAUGGACUAUAAAAACAGAGGAGAAUGUCAUAUAUUUAGUCAUAAGAGAUUCGAUUCAAGUCUAGGAUGUAGCUUUAUUGAAGAGACUGAACUAGAUACAGAUUUACUACACCAAACCUUUAAGGAACUUGGCUUUGUUGUUACUUUGCAUGAAGAUUACUCGUUAAAAGAUAUUCGUAAAGUGAUUGCUAAAGUUAGUGAGAAAGAUCAUAGGAAAGCUAGCUGUUUAGUUUGUUGUUUUUUAUCAUAUGGAAACCAAGCAGAACUUUAUGCAGCCGAUCAGUCUUAUAAUAUAAAUAGCGUUUUGGCACCUUUCUGCGCUACUUUACCUGGGAAGCCAAAAAUAUUUAUUUUCCAGGCAAAAAAACCUAAUUUCAGUGUUCAUACUUCUCGGGAGUCAGAAGAUGCUGGUCUAGUAGAUCUCCUAAAAGGGAAAAAAUAUUAUUCAAAAAGAAUUCCUCUCUUUGCAGAUUUCCUAAUUGCUUUGUCUACAUUCUCAGGAUCUAAUGCUUUUAGUAACGGACGAAGGUUUUCAAACUUCAUACUAUUGCUGUGUCAUGCACUGAGAAAGCAUAGUAAAACUUUAGAUUUUCUAUCAAUUUUGACAUUUGUGAACUCAGAAAUGGUUCGUUUAUUUGACAGUCCUUUUUUGGAUGAAAAUUUCUUCUUUAGAUCCUGCUUGACAAGAGUGCUGAAGUUUUCAUGAAAUCAAAUUUUAUGUUUUUAGGUUUUUUGUUAAAUUCCUAUAAGGGAACAUCCAUAGUUUUCAUUAUAGUAAGUGUUGUAAUGGUUGUUUAAACAAAUAUCUGAUACACACACAUGUUAUUAAUGCAUCAAAUUUUUGACUGAUCUAUUUUUAUUUCCUUGCUGUUCAUUUUUGUGAUACUUAAUGUUUAAAAUGUAAAUUGAUACUCUUGUUUAAUUAUAAUCUUUUGAAUUC